AUGCCAACAGCUAGUUAUUUUCGUCAAAUACAACAACAACAACAACAGAAUCAAUAUCGACCAACAAUAUCAAAUUCAACAACAUUUUUAUCCGAUUUUUUUGCUCAAAUGUUCGAAUCUAGUGAUACAAUUAAUAACAACAACAAUAAUAACAUUAUAUUUGAUAAUAUAGAUAAUGGCGAUAUUGGCGAUAAUAAUGAUAAUACAACACUUGUUGAUAAAUUAUAUCUUGGCCAUUUUAUAAUUGCCAUAAUUUUAGCAUUAGUUAUUUUGGCUACUGUGAUAGGAAAUUUAUUAGUAAUUGCUGCUAUUCUAUGUGAAAGACAUUUACGUUCAGUUGGCAAUUAUCUAGUAUUUUCAUUAGCAUUUGCUGAUUUAAUGGUUGCUUGUUUUGUAAUGCCAUUUGGUGCCAUCAUUGUUGUUAUGGGUAAAUGGACACUUGGUGCAAAUCUAUGCGAUUUAUGGACAGUUGCCGAUGUAUUAUGUUGUACAGCAUCUAUUCUACAUUUACUUGCUAUUGCAUUGGAUCGUUAUUGGGCUGUAACCAAUGUUGAUUAUAUUCAUCAACGUCGUAAUGGUCGUCGUAUUGGUAUAAUGAUAUUUUUAAUAUGGUUUGUUUCAUUAAUCAUAUCGGUUGCACCAAUACUUGGUUGGCGUGAUCAUGAAUUUUAUAAACGUAUUGAACAUAAACAGUGCCUUUUAUCACAAGAUGUUACCUAUCAAAUAUUUGCUACAUGUGCUAGUUUUUAUCUACCAUUAUUGCUCAUUCUAUUAUUAUAUUGGAGAAUAUUCAAGGUUGCACGGAAAAGAAUUCGUCAUAAACCGGGUAAUAAAGUAUCAUUGAUUGCAUUGAAAUCAUCAACAAAAACUGGACAAACAUUAACUAUUAAAAAUGUACCAUUGAAUGAAAAUAAUAAUGAUAAUUAUCUAUCAUCAUCAAGUGCCAAAAAAAUUAAACCAAAAUUUAAUUUACGAAAAAAAUUAGCAAAAUAUAGUCAAGCUGAAUAUUUACAAGAAAAUAAUCGUCCAACAUCUGAUAUUAUUUCACAUAAUGUUGAUAUGUUAUGUAUUGAUGAAUCUAUUGAUAGCCAAGAAUCAUGUAUGAGUGCCAAUCCAUUGACAGAUGUUCAUCAUCAACAUCAACAUCAUCAACAACAACAACAACAAAAACCAAGACUACCUCCGUCCAUUAAAUUUCCGGCCAAUAAUCAAAAUAUUAUUAAUAAUAGAUCAUCAUCAUCUACACCAACUGAAGAGAAUUUUAAUCAUAAUAAAAAAUUAUCAAUUACAUCAACGGCCAAAACAACAACAACAACAACAACACAUUUAACAUUGACUAGUUAUGAAUCAUCAACUGAUCCAGAUUUAUCUACAAAUCCAUCUCAUCAUUUAGGCGGUGGAAAUAUGAUGUUAAAUAAAAAAGAUCAUCAUCAACAAAUCAAACAAAAUCCUGAUUGCUCAAUCAUAGCCGAAGAAAGUUCAAGUUCGGCAAAUUCAUCUGCUACACAACCAUUAUUACAAAUUAAAAAAUUUAUAUCAUCGUAUGGUGAUCAUGAUGAUGAUGAUGAUGAUAAUGAUUCGCUUGUGGUUAAUGUAGAUCUUGAAAAUAACCAGCAACAAAAAGUACAAAAAAUUAACAAAUAUUUGUUUCAUGAAACAACAGCCACCAACAAUAAUAAUGAUAAUGAUAAUAAUAGUGAUAAUAAAUGUAAUAAGAUUAUCAACAACGCUGUUAUUGUUGUUGAUAUUAAUAAUAUUCAACAAAUAGAAUCAUGCAUCAACGACAAUGUUAUAGAUAAAAUGAUAGACGCAAAUCAUCAACAAAAAAAGCAACAUUAUAAUGUUAAUGAUCAUAAUCAUCAUCAAAAUUAUCAAAAUAAAAAUUCUAUUGUUGUUACCAGAAAUGUUUCAAGUGAUAAUAAUGAACGUAAUAAUAAUGAUGAUGAUGUUCAAAUAAACAAGUGCCAACAACAACAACAACAACAACAUGGAUCAUUUAAGGAAUCAGUAACACAAUCGAAUCAACAACAAAUUAAUAAUAAUAAUAAUAAUUCAAUUGCCAAUAAUGAAAAAAUGAUUAUUAUUAGUGAUAAUUUGAUAACAACAAAUAAUGAUGAUAAUGAAAACCCCAUCAAUAAUUACCAUCAUCAUUUAAUUCAUUGUGAAGCUAAUGUUAUUAAUAAUGAUACUAAUGAUGAAAAUGAUGUUUCAGUUUCUAAUCAAACUGUGCCAAGUUUUUCUUCUUCACCACCACCACCACCACCAUCAAUAAAAAAACCACCUACUACUCAAAAUGAAACGACAAUUUCAAGUAAUCAUCAUGAUGAUCAUCAACAACAACAACAACAAAAACAUCAACUAUCACAACAAUCGAUAACAAAUUUUACAAAAACUCCUUCAUCCAUAUCGAAAACAUUAAAUCAACUACAUUUAAAUCAUGAUCAUCAUCAUUAUAAUCAUCAUCAACAACAACAACAACAUUAUCAACAGCAAAAUAAAUCACAUCAAAAAGAAUCUGUAGAAUCAAAACGUGAACGUAAAGCAGCUAAAACAUUGGCAAUCAUUACUGGUAAGUGUUUUUGUCUUUGUUUUCUUGUCUUUAUCAUUAUCAUCAUUUCUUUCUCACUGUAA